GUAGUCCCGUUCUCAUUCCCGAACAUUCUCCGAACUUCGCUUUCUUCAGCUUCUCGUUCUCUCUCUCUCUCUCUCUCCCUCGUCUCUUCCCGUCAAUGAGUUACGAUUACAGGAACAGAGCAAAUCAGCCGUACGAUUCUCAGAUCCCAAUGUACAAAACCACCCCAUCUUCAUCUUCUUCAGCACCAGGCCAUCAGUUGUACGGAGCUCCUAUGUAUCCUAGGGUUAGUCAACCCUCGUUCGGCGCCGUUCCUACCCCCGGCCGUGCUUCCUCUUAUCAACAGACCUCUGCACCUUCCUCGUCUCCUGGAUUGGGCAUUAGAGUUGUGAUCAAACCAGAAUUUCGGAUCUCUCCUCCGCCUCAAUUAUCACCACAAGUGGGAGAGAUUCCCCGGAGCACUUUCCAGUUUGACUUUGAUCUCGAGAAAAAGAUAUUAGCUGAAGCAGAGAAGGACAGCCAAAAUUGGAGCAGGCUUGGGUUGGAGAAUCUUCCGUCUAAAGCUUUAGAAUCAACUCCAUCAAUGGGUUCCACUGCAGAUCCUGUGGUGAGCAAAUACGUUGCAUCUGGGCUUAGUCGAGAAGCUGUUCCUCUUGCUGUUGCCAAUUAUGGAGACAAUGAAACCAAGGUUCGGGAAUUUACCAAUGGCUACACCCUCCUGCGAGAAAUGGGAUUCUCAUCAAGCAAUGUUGCUGAAGCUUUAGUCAUGUAUGACAACGACACCGACAAGGCUCUUGCGCAUUUCCUUAACAGCUCGUCCUGAGAGAUCAGAUGGUCUUAUAUUAUAUAUAUGGUAUACAUCCACACCGAGUAAGAGGUUCUAUGGUAUUGUACAAAUAGUGUGUUUAUAUUUACUCAUGCAGAUUGGCGACACUACUUUUGUAAAAGAUGUUUGUUUUUAGGUUCCGUUUCACAAUACUAGUAGCUUAUCUCGAUAGCCUUCCAGAUCCCUUGGCCUGAUCCUAGGUUUCCGUUGGACUACAAAUCCUAGCCUGAAGGCCAGGCUUUUGGCCCAAAAAUGUGUUUAGCCCGAGGUCAGGUUCAAAAGGAUUAGGGUACAUUGUUCCUCUAUUAUUUGGGCUUGGCCCAAGAUCCUGUCCCGUCUAGCCUGAUAAUUUGGGGUCAAACAGCAGCUGGGCACAUGCCCUGGGCCGAGCCUGGCUUGUGUGCUCCCUCUAAAAAUGUAUGUUUAAGGCGAUGUCACUGAAGUGACGAGCCCAAACUUUCCACAUGUUUAUAUAAGUAAAAUAAAUGAAGUUUUAUAA